UCGAAGUCGAACGUUGCCAAGAUACGACCGCGCGCGCUGUGCCGUCAAGUCGCCGCUUCCUCGCAGAGUUACUCGAAUCCAUCAUGCAGAUGGGAGCAACGGAUGCUGGGAAAACGAAGCUGUCCUCGUGGGCAGGCAAAACCAUCAGCCACUUUCGCUCCACGGCACGAAAAUCGCUGGACGGGACGGACGAGUGGACUGCACUGCCGUCGACGGGCCUCCAUCGCCUCAUCCGCAAAUCCGAUGCCAAGGACGCAGACGCGCUUUGUGCAUUAUUGACGUGUCUUGAGGAGAAAGACGUGAACGGUGUCACCUCCGUCGUCCAAAGCAUGCCGAAACUGAUCGAGUCUCCAAUUCACGAUGACGGAAUCUUAUUGCACUCACUUUGUCGCUGGCCAAAUGUAGCGGACGUCUUGCCGCUCCUUGAACUUGUUGUCCACACGUUUCCUGAAGGCGUAGCGUACAUGGACCAGAUGGGGCGCACACCUCUGCAUUGGCUUUGCAUGAAUCCAACGGUGUGCGCGCGGAGCAUUGAAAUACUCGUCAUGGGAUUUCCCGUCUCCGCGGCAAUGUGCGACAAAGAAUCGGCGUUGCCGAUUCAUUACUUGAGCUGCAACCCAUCCCAAACGAUCGACAUGACACUCAAGCUCCAGCAUUACGAGACGUUUUCUCUUCGCAAUCGAGACGGUCGCACGCCGCUCCAUUGCCUGCUCGCUCGCAGUUCCACCGAUUUCGAGCUGUGUGCGACUCUAUUAUCCCUGGCCCCCGAAGCCAUUUCAAUCGCCGACCACAUGGGACGCCACAUCCUCCAUUGGGCGUGCGCCGCCAAGAAAGAAUUGAAUCUGAACUUGCUGCAGCUCGUCUUGACCUUGGAUCCGGUAGCCGCGACUCGUAGUGACAUGAAUGGCCACAUGCCGCUGCAUGUCCUGGUCUCCAACAGACUGAUCCACGUCGAAGCGCUUCAGCUCGUGCUGUCUGCAUAUUCCCAAGCGGUCGACGUCAUCGACGCGAGCGGACAGUCACCAUUCCAUGCAUUGUGCGCGAAUGAAUCGGUGAACUUAGCCAUGCUCCACGCUCUCAUGGAUGCCACGAGUGGCCACCUCUCCACGUGCUUGAGGUGGCUCGAUGAUGAAAAGUCGUCGGCGCUGCACAUACUCUGCACGAACCACCGCGCGACGUCCGAGAUGGUCCAGUUGGUGCUGCAGGGAUACCCCGCGUCGGCUCAGCUCGUCGAUGUGUACGGGUCGACCCCGUUUCAUUACGUGUGCGCGAGCCCAGCGGUGACUGUGGACCUGGUGUGGUUGUUCCUGGACAAGUGUCCGGCGGUGUGCAAGCUCGUGGACCAGCGUGGAAAAACGCCGCUGCACUACAUCUGUGCCAAUCCCAACGUCACGCCCGACCUGAUCAGCAUUGUCUUUGACGCGUAUCCGACGUCAUCGCAAGUGAUGGACCACGCAAUGAAGUUGCCCGUGCACUACGUGAUCGAAAACGCCGGGAUUCCAUCCGACAUGGCAUACCGACUUCUCGCCAACGGAUCCGCCUACCGCCUGCGCUACGACAUCCACGAGGUCCCGCAUACCCCCCACGCGUGCAUCACAGGCUACUACAACAACACGACUGCCUCCUCUGUCUAUUGUGCCACCGACACUGCGCUCGACUCGCGAACGUCCCAGACCGUCGUGCUGCACUACUUUUCCGAUCGCACCACGUUUCAGCAGCUCUUGUCGACGCUGGCACAGCUCGACAUCUCGGUCACAGACGCGUCGACGACGACGGUGGCGUUGAUCGAUUCGUUCGAGAACGCGCGCAAACGGAUUCGCAUGGCAGAUGCGUCGCCAAUUUUGGACUACUGCCUCGUGAUGGAGCACCCCCACACGACUGUCCACGACAUGUUGGCGCGUACGGACCCGCAGACCCUGAUCACGUCGUUGGGGCAAUGCGUGUCCCACUGGCACACAACCGCGGGCAUUGCGCACGGCAAUAUCACGCCUCGAUCCAUCGGGUACUUUCAACGAUCCGCCUCCGGUGUGUUCAAGCUCGUUCCGUCUUUGACGAGCCAAUGCAUCGCAGCUGACAUGCCUCGUGUGCAUUUCCCGCUGAUGGAGCCGCUCUACUGCGCGCCGGAAAUCGCCAAGGCAUUGCUGACGAGUCCGUACGCCGUGCCAACUCUGUCAUCCGACAUGUGGCAGUUUGGUUGCACAAUGUACGAAGUGGUCACGGGAGUCCCGUUGGUCACAGCCAUUGCACCCUUCAGUGCGAUGCUUCCCCCCGAACAACUCUACCACGUGAUAGCAUCGCUGACAGACACCGUGUUGGGGCACAUCUUGGCGCCACUGCCGCCUGAUAUCCGCGACAUGCUGUCGCAUCUCCUCCAAGUCGACCCGACGACGCGGUGGACGAUCGAUCGCGUCAUGGGGGUCGCCGGAGUGACGAUGCGGUUGCUCCACCAUCCACCGCCAGAGGACUUGAAGUGGUCGAUGAGGUCGCGCACAAACGAGCAUCUGGAGCUUGAAGCUGCAAUCGCCACGCUUGGUUUGGAAGUCGAACAACUCACGCAGGGGCUUCUACAAGCAAAGACGCAACUGCGACACGUCGAGCUGGAUCGAGAUGCGUUGCAGCGUCAGUUAUGCGAACUCGUCGACCAUCUCAAUGUGGUCCUGGAAGAAAAGGAGGAAUCCAGGCACCUCGCCGCUGUCGCCGAGGCCAAGCGCGCGUCGCUGUCAAGCCAGCUUGACACAAUGGUGCAAAUGGUCAUCUCAGUCAUCCCGCUCGCUCAGCGGGUGUACGGCCAGUCAAGCGAUGACUACUUAGCCCAUGCGAUGGCGGAUGCAGCCCACGCUACGGUCAAACCAGCGUACGCACUGGAUCGACCGGGGGAAAAUUCCACGUCGACGUUGGUGGGGCUGCUCAAGGAGCACGUCCGCCGCACACUCAUUGCCAAGGGGUGCAUUGCAAAAUGGUCUGCUGCGACGCCACCGCCAUUCCUGGAGGACCAUCCAUUUCUCGAAGCAUCCCACAACGAUAGCUCCGAACCAAGUAGCAUGUAUUUGUAAUUCACCUCAAGCCACCUGCCGGGUUCCUACCAAGACGUUGCGGACGCCUUCGUAUGUGAGAAAGAAGAGGCAGCACCACGGCGCUUCCCGCAGGUAGUAUGCUGUGAAUCCCUUGUAAAACGCUCGAAAGCCCUGCUUCUGGUAAAUGUCGCGACCGCAAUCCCACACGCCAGUGUAGUGCCGAUUGUUCUGGUGCACCAUGAGCGUCGUUUUAAUCACGUCCAACCUGAC